UGGUGGAUCCGUGAUCAAUACUUGUGGUCUUUGCCAUUUUAAGAUAGUGUCUUCUUGUACUUGUAGUGAGAAUUUGUGUUUCGCAUGAAAGAUAGGUUUUUUUUUUUCAUCUUCUAAGCUUUUAAGGCUCUUGAUCUGUUGGGCUCUGGUUUCUAUAUCUGUUUUAAGGUUACUGGUUUGGGAGCGAAUUGUUGAAUAUAAAAUUUGGGUGAUGAGGGCGUGGGAUUGGUGAGGAUUUGGAGGGUUUUUGGUAUGUGUAUCUUGCUAUUUGAUUCCUUGAGGAGGUGAGAGACGGAGUAAAUGUCGCUCAAGAGCAUCAUUCAAGAUAUGAAGGGUGAUUUUGGUAGCAUCUCGCGAAAAGGGUUUGAAGUGAAGCUAGGUUAUGGGUUACGAUCGAGAUCACAUCGGGUGGUUCAGGAUGGUUUCGUCCCAGUCGAUGCUAUGAAGCAGAGCUGUUGGGCUAACAUGCCACCAGAGCUUCUGAGGGACGUGCUUAUGAGGAUAGAAGCAUCAGAGACUACCUGGCCCCCCAGGAAGCAUGUGGUUGCUUGUGCUGGGGUUUGCAGGAAUUGGAGAGAAAUCACAAAAGAGAUUGUGAAGAUUCCCGAAGUCUCCGGAAAGCUGACAUUUCCAAUUGCCUUGAAGCAGCCUGGUCCUAGAGACUUCAUCUUCCAGUGUUUUAUAAAACGGAACCAAGCCACCCAAACAUACCAUCUUUACCUUGGACUGACUCAAGCACUAACUGAUAAUGGCAAGUUCCUUCUUGCUGCCCGCAAGUGCCGACGUCCUACUUGCACUGACUACAUCAUCUCUCUAGAUUCUGACGAUAUGUCUAAGGGCAGUGGAACUUACAUUGGGAAGUUGAGGUCAAACUUUUUGGGGACCAAGUUUACUAUCUAUGAUGCACAGCCUCCUCAUGCUGGAGCCAUGGUUACAAAAAGUCGCUCCACACGAUUGGUGGGUUUGAAACAGGUCUCUCCCAGAGUCCCUGCUGGCAACUACCCAGUAGCACACAUAUCAUAUGAGUUGAAUGUUUUAGGUUCCAGGGGUCCAAGAAGGAUGAAUUGUAUAAUGGAUGCCAUCCCUGCCUCUGCAAUUGAACCUGGGGGUGUGGCCCCCACACAGACUGAAUUCCCCCUUAGUAAUCUGGAUUCCUUCCCUUCUCUUCCCUUUUUUAGAUCCAAAUCAAUCCGUUCAGACAAUGUCCUAUCAGGGCCUUUGACUACACCAAAAGAUGGAUUGCUUGUGUUAAAGAAUAAGGCUCCUAGGUGGCAUGAGCAACUCCAAUGCUGGUGUCUGAAUUUCCGUGGACGGGUGACGGUUGCUUCGGUGAAGAACUUUCAAUUGGUGGCUUCUCCAGAGAAUGGACCCGCAGGGCAGGAGCAUGAGAAAGUCAUCCUUCAGUUUGGGAAAGUGGGGAAGGACUUGUUCACCAUGGAUUACCGGUAUCCACUCUCAGCAUUUCAGGCAUUUGCUAUCUGCCUCAGCAGCUUUGACACCAAGAUUGCUUGUGAAUGACAAUCAGCUGUGUUUGGAGGAUCUUCCUGGGGUUUCAUGAAAGUGAUGGAAAGUAAUCAGAAUUCAGCUAUGCAAUGCUAAAUGCUGAGACUGGUGGACUGCAAUGGAGCUGCAAGUUUGUCUCCCGAGUCUCUUUUUUUUUUCUGUUUUUCUUUCUUGUAUAUUUUGGUUGGUGUACAUAAAUAUUUCUGGAAGAUUGAGACAUUCAGGUCGAGCAAUUGGGUUUGGGAUCUUUAGAAGCUAUUGUAUGUGUCUCUCGUCACUCAAACCAAACCUGAGGCUUGAGUUUU